AUGACAUCUAUGUGUAGCUCAUUUUUUGGAUUUACAAACGUUGGUCGCUUCACCAUUCUGCUUUUAGACCAUGGUCUCGUGCACACACCAAUUGUCACCUCUUUCUUGCCUUCAUUUCACUUCGGUGGUAAAAGAAAACGUAGACAUCGUACGAUUUUUUCAGAGGAGCAACUUCAGGUAUUGGAAGCGACAUUCACAGAAACUCACUAUCCUGAUGUUUCGUUACGAGAGAAAUUAGCUAUACAAUGUGAUCUUAAAGAGGAACGGGUAGAGGUUUGGUUUAAAAAUCGACGAGCUAAAGAACGUAAGCAAAAACGCGAAUCGGGAAAAGAUGGUGGUGGUGGUAUUGCGAAAACGGCGGCAUCGGACGACAGCGAUUGCGACCUCAGCGACGAGGACGACACGUCGCGAGCUAAGCGGGCGAAAGUCGCCCGUUCGUCGCCGUCCGCGUCGCCAAUCGAUAAAACAUCACCAGCCUAG